CGGAGGGCGCUGACGUGGAGCCUGCUGGAUUCCAGCGGGGCGGCGGCUCGGCUUAGCCCCUCGGAUCCUAGGCCGGCGAGAUGCUAACCAAAUUCGAGACCAAGAGCGCGCGAGUCAAAGGGCUCAGUUUUCACCCCAAAAGGCCCUGGAUCCUGACAAGUUUACACAAUGGGGUCAUCCAGUUAUGGGACUAUAGAAUGUGUACCCUCAUUGACAAGUUUGAUGAACAUGAUGGCCCAGUACGAGGCAUUGACUUCCAUAAGCAGCAACCACUCUUUGUUUCUGGAGGAGAUGACUAUAAGAUUAAGGUUUGGAAUUACAAGCUUCGGCGCUGUCUUUUCACGUUGCUUGGGCACUUAGAUUAUAUCCGCACCACAUUUUUUCAUCAUGAAUAUCCUUGGAUUCUGAGCGCCUCUGAUGACCAGACCAUCCGCGUGUGGAACUGGCAGUCUAGGACCUGUGUCUGUGUGCUAACAGGACACAACCAUUAUGUAAUGUGUGCUCAGUUCCACCCAUCAGAAGAUCUGGUUGUAUCAGCCAGUCUGGACCAGACUGUGCGCGUUUGGGAUAUUUCUGGUCUAAGGAAAAAAAAUCUGUCCCCCGGUGCAGUGGAGUCGGAUGUGAGGGGAAUAACUGGUGUGGACCUCUUUGGUACUACAGAUGCUGUGGUGAAGCACGUGCUGGAGGGUCAUGAUCGGGGAGUAAACUGGGCAGCCUUCCAUCCCACUAUGCCCCUAAUUGUAUCUGGGGCAGAUGACCGUCAAGUGAAGAUCUGGCGCAUGAAUGAGUCAAAAGCCUGGGAAGUUGAUACCUGCCGGGGCCAUUACAACAACGUGUCCUGCGCCGUCUUUCAUCCUCGCCAGGAACUAAUCCUCAGCAAUUCUGAGGAUAAGAGCAUCCGAGUCUGGGAUAUGUCUAAGCGGACUGGGGUUCAGACCUUCCGCAGGGACCACGAUCGUUUCUGGGUCCUUGCUGCCCACCCCAACCUUAACCUCUUUGCAGCAGGCCAUGAUGGUGGCAUGAUUGUGUUCAAACUAGAGCGGGAGCGGCCAGCCUAUGCUGUCCAUGGGAACAUGCUUCAUUAUGUCAAGGACCGAUUCUUAAGGCAGCUGGACUUCAACAGCUCUAAAGAUGUCGCCGUGAUGCAGUUGCGGAGUGGUUCCAAGUUUCCAGUGUUCAACAUGUCAUACAAUCCAGCAGAAAAUGCUGUCCUACUGUGUACAAGAGCCAGCAAUUUGGAGAACAGCACCUAUGACUUGUACACCAUCCCCAAGGAUGCUGACUCCCAGAAUCCUGAUGCCCCUGAAGGGAAACGAUCUUCAGGCCUGACAGCCGUUUGGGUUGCUCGAAAUCGGUUUGCUGUCUUGGAUCGGAUGCAUUCGCUUUUGAUAAAGAAUCUGAAGAAUGAGAUCACCAAGAAGGUACAGGUGCCCAACUGUGAUGAGAUCUUCUACGCUGGCACCGGCAACCUCUUGCUUCGGGAUGCAGAAUCCGUUACCCUCUUUGACGUACAGCAGAAGCGGACUUUGGCGUCUGUGAAGAUUUCCAAGGUGAAAUAUGUGAUCUGGUCAGCAGAUAUGUCUCAUGUAGCACUCCUGGCCAAACAUGAGCACUCAUGCCCUUUGCCUCUUACAGCCAUUGUGAUCUGUAACCGCAAACUGGAGGCUCUGUGUAACAUUCAUGAGAACAUCCGUGUCAAGAGUGGGGCCUGGGAUGAGAGUGGGGUCUUUAUCUAUACCACAAGCAACCACAUCAAAUAUGCCGUCACUACUGGGGACUACGGAAUCAUCCGGACUCUGGAUUUACCCAUCUAUGUGACUCGGGUGAAGGGCAACAAUGUCUAUUGCUUAGACAGGGAGUGUCGCCCUCGGGUGCUCACCAUUGAUCCCACUGAGUUCAAGUUCAAGCUUGCCCUGAUCAAUAGAAAGUAUGAUGAGGUUCUACACAUGGUAAGGAAUGCCAAACUCGUAGGCCAGUCGAUCAUUGCUUACCUCCAGAAGAAGGGCUACCCAGAAGUGGCACUGCAUUUUGUCAAGGAUGAGAAAACUCGCUUUAGUCUGGCACUGGAGUGUGGAAACAUUGAGAUUGCUCUGGAAGCAGCCAAAGCCCUGGAUGACAAGAAUUGUUGGGAGAAAUUGGGAGAAGUAGCCUUAUUGCAGGGGAAUCACCAGAUUGUGGAAAUGUGUUACCAGCGCACCAAAAAUUUUGACAAACUUUCCUUCCUGUAUCUCAUCACUGGCAACCUAGAGAAACUCCGCAAGAUGAUGAAAAUUGCUGAGAUCCGCAAGGACAUGAGUGGCCAUUAUCAAAAUGCUCUGUACCUGGGUGACGUGUCAGAGCGGGUCCGGAUCCUGAGGAACUGUGGGCAGAAGUCACUGGCCUACCUUACAGCUGCUACCCAUGGCUUAGAUGAAGAAGCUGAGAGUCUGAAAGAGACCUUUGACCCUGAGAAAGAGACAAUCCCAGACAUUGACCCUAAUGCCAAGCUGCUUCAGCCACCUGCACCUAUCAUGCCACUGGAUACAAACUGGCCCUUGCUGACGGUGUCUAAAGGGUUCUUUGAGGGCUCCAUUGCCAGCAAGGGGAAGGGUGGCGCGCUGGCGGCUGACAUUGACAUUGACACUGUUGGCACUGAAGGCUGGGGAGAGGAUGCAGAGCUGCAGCUGGAUGAAGAUGGGUUUGUGGAGGCCACCGAAGGUUCGGGGGAUGAUACUCUUGGCAAGGGGCAGGAAGAAGGUGGCGGAUGGGAUGUAGAAGAAGAUUUGGAGCUUCCUCCAGAACUGGAUAUACCCCCUGGGUCAGCUGGAGGGGCUGAAGAUGGUUUCUUUGUGCCCCCUACCAAGGGAACCAGCCCUACUCAGACCUGGUGCAAUAACUCUCAGCUUCCAGUUGACCACAUCCUGGCAGGCUCUUUUGAAACAGCCAUGAGGUUACUUCAUGACCAGGUGGGUGUGACCCAGUUUGGCCCCUACAAGCAGCUGUUCCUGCAGACGUACGCCCGCGGCCGUACCACCUACCAGGCUUUGCCAUGCUUGCCUUCCAUGUAUGGCUAUCCCAAUCGCAACUGGAAGGAUGCAGGGCUGAAGAAUGGUGUGCCAGCUGUAGGCCUGAAGCUGAAUGACCUCAUCCAGCGCCUGCAGCUGUGUUACCAGUUCACCACGGUUGGCAAGUUUGAGGAAGCUGUGGAGAAAUUCCGUUCCAUUUUACUCAGUGUGCCACUGCUUGUUGUGGAUAAUAAACAGGAGAUCGCAGAGGCCCAACAGCUCAUCACCAUUUGCCGUGAGUACAUCGUGGGUUUGUCCAUGGAGAUUGAAAGGAAGAAGCUGCCCAAAGAGACUCUAGAACAGCAGAAGCGCAUCUGUGAGAUGGCAGCCUACUUCACUCACUCCAACUUGCAGCCUGUGCACAUGAUCCUGGUGCUGCGCACAGCCCUCAACCUCUUUUUCAAGCUCAAGAACUUUAAGACAGCUGCCACUUUUGCCCGACGCCUGCUAGAACUUGGGCCCAAGCCAGAGGUGGCUCAACAGACCCGGAAAAUCCUGUCUGCCUGUGAGAAGAACCCUACAGAUGCCUGCCAGCUCAAUUACGACAUGCAUAACCCUUUUGACAUUUGUGCUGCAUCCUAUCGGCCCAUCUAUCGUGGAAAGCCAGUGGAGAAGUGUCCACUCAGCGGGGCCUGCUAUUCACCUGAGUUCAAGGGUCAAAUCUGCAGGGUCACCACCGUGACAGAGAUUGGCAGAGAUGUCAUUGGUCUGAGGAUCAGCCCUCUCCAGUUUCGCUAAGUUCCCCUCUGUGGUGUGUAGGGUCCAUCACCGUGUUUUCCCUAGAGAAUUAGUUUCUAUCUUCCAGUUUCCCUCCUAGAAAGCCUUUCAGAAGUGUCCACAUUUAGCUGACCCUACCCCAAAGCCUCAUGUCCUUUUCUCUGUAAUGGUGAUCAAAUGUCAUAACUUGACUCUUGCCGCUGACGUUCCCUGUCUUCUCAAGAUGUCUCCAUUGGUCACAGUUGCCUAACCUCCCCAGCAUAAGUCUCUCAAGGACAAAUGAAAACUCAUUGAUGAACAUUUGUGUAGGACAUUCCUUCACUAUUCAUCCUGUCCCUCCUACCCCGCUCUUUCCUUUUUACUAGAAGUGAGCAGGUAUAAUAAGUAAGAACAUCUUUUGCUCAGUCUCAGCAAACCCAGCCGUCCCUAUUUCCCUAGACAUUUCAGCUUUUAGGCAAUGGCAUUCUGUGUGCUAAAAAUUUAAAGUCUGAGAAGAAACUAUACAGUUUCCCAGAAAUGCACAUCACUUGUAUGGGUUUAUUCAUUAUAACUGUUGUUCUUGUAUUUUGUGUCUCACACUAAAUAAAAUAAAUUUCUACAAGAAUU